AUGAUUCUGCUGCACCUCACAUCUGCGUCGUUUAAACUGCUUCUGCAAGAGUGGGUGGGAUCAAACCCAAACCUCAUGCUUGCAGACAAUGAUGAGAAAAACGGCGGUGAUAAAGCAGAAUAUGGUAGUGAUGAUGAUGGUGAUGAUGACGACGGCGGUGAUGAGCACCCCCUACGUAAGGGCUUCACAGAUACGUCAAGUUACCCGAAUAUUAGCUAUGCAUUUCUGAUUCUGAAGUUUGAUUCUGCUUCCGUCCGGGUAACUCAUCGGAAAAAAGUGUGCCGGCGACAAAGAAACAUUCUGAAGAUGAUUGACCAAUCGUACGACGCUGUAGACAGUUGUGAAUGCUCCACCGGCGAGAUGAAAAUUAUUGUGCUCAGUACACAAGAUCCUACUAAUGGCAUUCUACAGCUCGAACAAGUUCAGAGGCUGUUUUCACAUCUAUCAAUAAAGUUCCGAAAAACCGGGAGGCUUAUACGACGUUUCCUCUUCUCAGUUUUUGGAGUGGCAGAACUGGAUUCUGUGGGACUUGUUGGAGGACUAACAGCAGAAGGUUCUGAGAAAGAUGCCGUAAGCCAACGGGAAUACGGGGCAGAAUUUGAAGAUUCAGAACUUAAACCUAUGGACGAUUCUUCGGAAUGA